AUGUCCAAUCCAUCCCAACUCCUUCUCCUCGCCGAUCACAUCAAACUCUCUCUUCUCGAGCGCCAGCGCGCCAUCUCGCUAAACCUAGAUCUCAACCCCUCGCAAGACUCCAACAUCGCCCGCUCAUUAGAAUCCUUCCGAGAAGGCAUUGAAGCCCUCUCCAACCGCUCUCCCGAAGACGAAUCGCUGACACAACUGUGGAGUCAAUAUAAUGACCUGUCGCUGCAGUUUCACGGAGAAAGUUCCACAACGACCGAAGAGACACUCUCUUCACCCAAUGAUCCGGCAUUGAAAGAAGACUUUGAACGCGCAAAAACCCGGAAGCCUAGCGAUGCCUCGCAACAACAGAGAGCCUCCAAUUUACGGAAACAAGAUGCGGCGGGGGCGCAGAGUCAAGGCGCCAAAAACGUCCGUUUCCGUGAUGACCCCUCCCAAGAAUCCCUCGAUGCCCAAGAUGAGGCGAACCGCGCCGCCCUCUUCCCUGCUCGCUAUACGGACGAGGAGGGCUCUCGCGCUCGUACCCCAGACCCCACCGAAAGCAUGGACAACCAACAAAUCCACGUCUACCACCAACAAGUCGUCGCCGAGCAAGACGAGCAGCUUGACCGGCUGGGCGAGUCAAUUGGCCGUCAACGUCACUUGGCCAUGCAGGUGGGCGACGAGUUAGAGGGUCAGAUCGCUCUCCUAGAUGAGGUCGACCGGGGAGUUGACAGGCAUCAGGGUCGGCUAGAUGGGGCAAAGAGACGGUUAAAGGGUGUAGGGGAACGGGCGAAGCAGAAUUGGGGCAUGACUACCAUUGUCGUACUGAUUGUUGUUUUGGUGUUACUGAUUGUAUUGUUGAAGUGA